AAGCAGGCAGUCGAUUUGAAUAGACUAGAGGCUGGUAGUUCAGGAGCUGGAAGAAGAAAAAGAGAUAACUUGAAUAAUUUAGGAGGAACGAUUAGCAUUGAAGAGUUGUCUUUUGAUGAGGCUUUAUAUGAUAUACGAAAUAAUUUAAAUCAAUCAGCAAUGGAUAUUACUGAGUUUGCAAAUCAGUUUGAUUCUAUAGUACCUUCAAUUAACUCGAAAUUGAGAGAUACUAUAGCUACUAAGCUUAAUGGAUCUGAUAUUACCAUCUUAAAUAAUUUCAUUAGCCCUAAACUAGAUGACCCUGAUUAUGGCAGAUCUGCGGUCUCUCAAAAAAUAGAUGAUUUUCUUACAGCACGUAUUAUAAGUUCAGUUAUGACAGCAUAUGGUGCUGUUAUAUGUAAUAAUGAUGUUCAAUACCAAUGUCAACAAUACCAAUGUAGUUGUAAUACCCCUAUUGGUAAAAACAAUAGUAUAAUUGCAGGUGGAUUUGGACCUAAUAAUGAUGGUAGAUAUGGUGGGUAUAGAGAUAAUCAUAUAGCCUUGAUUUCAAAAUGGAGAAAUGUAUCAGACUUUGGCGAUAAUUUUUUUGGUUGGGCAUUUAAUAAUGAUUCAUGUGAUGGUUAUGAAAGACAAAACUGUGGUAACAAUGGUGGCAGCGGUGGUGGUAAAAAUAAUGAUAAAAGGUCUACCAAAUAUUUAAUUUGUGAAGCAAAGGAAUGCUAA